UGGGAAAAAAAAAGGAGGCUGACUAAAUGGAAGGAAAGGGGUGCGAGAAUGGAUGGUAGGUAGGAAGGAUGGAGAUGGAAGGAAUAAAAACAGGAUGGAAGAGAAGAUAAGGCAUGAAAAAGAAGUAAAGGAUGAUGGAAAAAAAGUGUGAAAUAAAGAAAAGAGAGGGUGAAUACAGCAAUGGAAGAAAAGACAAAAGGGUGCAAGGCAGGAAGAAAGGAUGAAUGGUGGCUAAAAAGUUCGGAAAGGGAAGGAUGAAGUAAAGGAAAGAUGGGUGGAUUAAAAGGAAAAGAUGGAAGAAAUGAAGAGUAGGAAAAAAAGAAUUGAAGUGGGAUAGAUAGUGGGAUAGUGGUGAGGAAGGAAGGAUGGACGGACCGGGGCCCUGAUCACGUGGUAAAUUCAGAUAAUCGGUUUUGUGUAAGGCAUCCGAGCGCUGUGAUUGGCAGAAAGCACGAUCACGUGAAAUGUGGCCGGCGCUUAUGACAUCAUCACGCCGCGACGCGAAGAACUAAUGUCGCUUCAUCCCGGCGAAGAAAAACUGACUGUGCGGCGGCUACAUUUAGCGCACUUGCGCGAUAGUUACUGACCAGGGAGUGGGGGACUUUAAAUAAACCCCCAGAAAUGUACGCUUAGCUCCCGGCGCCGCAUUUUUCGCGACCACGGAGCUGACGUUAACCCACGAAAGAGGUGUUUACUGGGCUAGACGACGCUCCGAAGUUGAAGGGGUUUUCCACUUCUCCUUUCAGAGAAGAUGGAGGGUCUGCACCCGCACUGCCUUAAAUGCAUCAACCGGAGGUGCAUGGUGCGGCCGGAGGCGGGCCUGUCCUGUGACCUCAUCGGCUGCCCGCUGGUGUGCGGCGCCGUCUUCCACGCGUGCAAGCUCGCCGAGCACCGCCUUCUGUGUCCGUACGAGCGCCUGCCCUGCCUCAACAGCGGCUUCGGCUGCCCCUUCGUCGUGGCCCGGGCCAAGAUGGCGCAGCACUUGGAGACCUGCCCCGCCAGCAUCGUGUGCUGCACCAUGGAGUGGAACCGCUGGCCCGUCAGCUACGCCGACCACAAGUCCUACGAGAACCUGAGCCGGGACUUUGACGAGGUGGAGCAGUUGGACAUGGCGUUGGCCCUGCAGGACCAGCGCAUGCUCCUGGAGUCCCUCAAGGUCACCACCACCGUGUCCAAGGAAGGGAAGCGGCUCAACGACAAAAUGGCCACCACACCCGACGGCGAGGCCGCCAACGGCUCGGACGAGAUGGAGGAGGAGCCGUACAGCGACCUGUACCGAGCCUCGGUGGAAACCAGCCGGAGCUUGGCGGCGGCUUUGGACAUCCUCACGCACUCCAAGGCCGUCGUGGGUCUCAACUCGGAAAACGGCGGCGCGGGGAGGAACGUGGACAUGCGCGAGAGCGACUCUGACUCGGAGUGUGAGCUGGGGGCGGUGGGAGGCGCGGAGGAGGAAGACGGCACUCUCGGCUGGCCCGGGGUGGACGAGGAUUUCGUGGAGUUGUUUUUCGACGACAAGGAAGACUGCAUCAAAGACCCGGAGGAGGAGGAAGCGGCCGAGCCCGCGUGGGCCGAGGCGCCUCGGGCGUACGCGCCCGCCGCGGUGCCCGACGCCGAGGCGGAACCUUUGGCCGCGCCCGUGCCCUUCCUACUCUCGGACCAGGUGAGGAACAACUUUUUGCACCAGCUCCCCACCGAGCUCAGGUACCGCUGCCUGGAGCGCAAACUCCUCCUGCGCGGCAUCAGCAUGUUUACGUUCAACGGGCGCCGGGCCCUGCUCUCUGACCCGUACCUCUUCCGGGCCAAGAUGGAGGACAAGGCGGUGGACACGUCGGACCUGGAGGUGGCCGACGACCCCAUGGGUCUGCACGGGAUCGACCUGAUCACGGCCGCCCUGCUCUUCUGCCUGGGCGACUCGCCGGGCGGGCGCGGCAUCUCCGACAGCCGCUUCGUGGACGGCUACCACAUUGAUUUCGGCACGCAGACUUUUUCCUUCCCCUCCGCCAUCCUGGCCACCAACACCAUGGUGGGCGACAUCGCGUCGGCCUCGGCGUGCGACCACGCCAGCCCGCAGCUGUCCAACCCCAGCCCCUUCCACACGCUGCGCCUGGACCUGGUGCUGGAGUGCGUGGCGCGCUACCAAACCAAGCAGCGCUCCAUGUUCACCUUUGUGUGCGGCCAGCUGUUCCGGCGCGACGAGUUCUCCUCGCACUUCAAGAACGUGCACGGCGACAUCCACGCCGGGCUCAACGGCUGGAUGGAGCAACGCUGCCCCCUGGCGUACUACGGCUGCACCUACUCGCAGAGGCGCUUCUGCCCGUCGGCCCAGGGCUUCCGCAUCAUCCACGACCGUCACCUGGGCUCCUUCGGCGUGAUGCCGGGCCUCCCGCCGAGAAGCGGCGACAAGCCGGCGAGGAGCGCCUGCCCGCGUCCGGGCUCCAAGCGCGACCAGCUCAGCGGUCUGCCCUUCGAGGUGCUGCAGCACGUGGCCAGCUUCCUCGACAGCUUCAGCCUGUGCCAGCUGUCCAGGACGUCGCGCACCAUGCGGGACGUGUGCGCCAGCCUCCUCCAGAUGCGCGGCAUGGUCGUCCUGCUGUGGGAGAAGCGGUGGGCGGACGGCUUGCCGACGUGGCAGAUCACGGACAAGGUGUGGCGCUUCAGCACCGCCUUCGGCACGGUGAACGAGUGGAAGUUCGCCAACAUCACCAGCAUGGCCGACCACCUGAAGAAGUGCAAGUUCAACACGGUGGCGCGGCGCGAGGAGGCCAUCCCGCUGCCCUGCAUGUGCUUCACGCGGGAGCUGACCAAGGAGGGCCGCUGUUUACGGUCUGUGCUCAAGCCCGUGGCCUAACUCCGGAACGUCAGCCUCUUCUACGCUUUGAAAAGCCGUUUGGCAGUUUAUUCCAGAUCCUUGGUAUCCAUCUUGAGGUCCAUAUCUCGUCCCCCUUUGAGGCGGAUAUUAUCGCAGUUUCACUAAAACCCAACGUAAACGGUCAGCGCAAGCCCAUCACGUUUUGCCUUCUGUCUAAGAUUGGUUGUUUUUCUUUGGACGCAGUAGUUUCUUGCACAAUAGAUGGACAAGAUGGCGCCAGGUAGGGUUAAUAUUUUGUUGGAGAUUUUAUUUUUUCAAAAUUGCACUAGUAAUUGGGGGGAAAAAAAAUGUUUACUAGUAAGGCACAGUCAUUCUGCUAAUGCACCCAAGUGGUUGUACUGCGCUGAAAUGUCUGAAUUGUGUCUCUAGUUAGGACAAAGAGGAUACUAGUACACGAACUUGAUAUCCAGGAUCUGGAAUAAAAGCUCCAACAGCUUUCCAUGCUCAAGUGUUUACAGAAAAAAACAUCCCGAACUUCUCCACUUUUUCUGAAAAAUGAGCACAUCCACAACCACGCCACUGUUGUGUAAAUAAAAUCUCACGCUCUGUUUAUUUUUAUAGCAGACAAAAAGUCAAGUACUGUGCAUCCGUCGUUCGCAGAGGACGUUAAGAGUCGCGGCUUUAUUUCUAUACGGCAACACCGACCAAACAUCCGCGUUAUAGCAUAAUAAUUUGACGUCGCCUCCCGGUGAAUCGCGCUGGCACGCUAAAGCAAUGGCGACGAACGCCCACAAAUCUGCCAUCUUGAAUAUGAAAAUGUAGCAAGAACAAAAAAGUGAGUGUUUUUCAAAUGGUGAGCGUCUGAGAAAACUAAACAAAACAAGUGCCCGCUGGCCCGGGACGUCAAAUAAUGAGCCUCGCUGUAGCUGUGUAGCACGCUAAAAUUAAAUAAAAAUCACGUGACAAAAGGUAAAGUGAGAUUAUGUUUCAGAAAAGAUGCCAUUAAAGCAAAAAAAAAAAAACUGCUGCAAAAAAUAAAUCAGAAUGAGGAGCAAAUCUGAAAUAAUUUUCUUUUCAUCCAAAACUUGAUAAAUUUAUUUUAAAUAUUUCAUGUGAAAGAGCAUUCAGGUUUUCAGAUUAGUUUUUUUUUUUGGAGGGGUGUCAAAAUAUUUAUCAGAAAAUGUUUUGAGAUGUUAACAUUUUACUUUGAAUGGAAAAAGCUUUAUUUUUAAUAAUUUCCAUUAUUGUCAGAUUUUAGGGGGUCAAAAGAACUGCAAUUUUUCCUGCGAAAGGAAAAAAAAUAUUCAGGAAAAAUAUUUCGCAAUCUUUUUUUGUUGUCAUUUUGGAAUAAAGUUCCAAAUAUUUCUCCGGAGGAAAUAUUCAGAUUUUUUUUUUUUUUUAAACCAAAGGCUUAUUCUUUAAUCCAGUCGUUUGAAGAGGGGGAAAAGAUUUUUUUUUUUUGUAAACAAAAUUUGGAUUUUAGGGGGGAAAAAAAUUCUAUUUAAUAUUUUUUUAAUUAUUAGAAUUUUUUUCUUUUCACCUGAUUUUAAAAAAAAAAAAUAUUUGAAGUUAAAUAAAAUAUUAGUAUUCCACCCCCACUGCCCUCCUACCCAAAAAUAAAUAAAUAAACCCUGAAAUGCUUUCUCUUGAUCAAGUUCUUUCAGAAACAAUAAAAAAAAAAAAGAAAAAAUGAAAUUCUUAGUAUAGGGUUAAUUUGGUUUACAGCAAAAUCCUGAAAUAGUUUUAACAAAAUUUUUUCCAAUUAUUCUUUUUUGUACCCUUUUUUUUUUAUAUUUCGUUUCAAAUUGUCCCCUUUUAAUUUAAGCAUAAAUAAAUAAACCCUGAAAUGCUUUCUCUUGAUCAAGUUUUUUCAGAAACAAUAAAAAAAAAGAAAAAAUGAAAUUCUUAGUAUAGGGUUAAUUUUGUUUACAGCAAAAUCCUGAAGUAGUUUUAAUAAAAAUUUUUCCAAUUCUUUUUUUUGUACCCUUUUUUUUAUAUUUCAUCGUUUCAAAUUGGCCCCUUUUAAUUUAAGCAUGAAAUAUUGUGAAAGUGACACAUGGAUUUAAUCUCACAUGACGUCUUACGUUCCGUUCAGCGGUUAGUGAAAGUGAAACUGACGAAAAGGGCAGUGGAAGGCGAUUUAUGCUGAUUUACUCUUAACGUGACAACGAGGCCUCAGUAUUGAAAAGAAACGUAGCAGUGUAGACGGAUGACAUCAACAGAGUUAUUGUUUUUAAUACCCAUUUUGCUCUAGAUUAUUGAGUAAGGAAUGUUUAAAAAAAAAACAUCAUAGGUCAAAGUGUUAGAAAGGAGUGUGUGAGGUUUCUAUUUCUUUUUGUUUUUUGUUUGUUUUUUACUUUUCCUGGUACUCUGAAAGCUGCCUCCCUAAAAAUCCAGAUAAGUAUUUUUAUUUUGGGGAAUUAUUGAUUUGCACAUGAAGCAUGUACUGUAAAAUGUUUAGUUAUUAUUAUUAUUAUUAAUGCAUGUAGGUUGACUUUUUUUUUUUUGUCAGUCGCUGUUGGGUUGAAACCUCUCAUCUCCCCAAACAACCGUUUUUCAAGAAAAUCCUAUUUUUUGGGGGUUGUCGAACAGUAUUUCGUUCCAUUUUGGUUUUAGGCCACAGGUGUCAAACCCAAUGCCCGGGGGCCAGAUCUGACCCACCGCAUGAUUUUAUGUGGCCCGCAAAGCUAAGUCACAUGUGUGAACUUCUGAGGUUAUAGUUGAAAACUACCAAAAUUUCAAAUUAUAAAGAGGCAGUUAAAGGUUUUUUUAGGGUUUUACAGUCAUAACGGCCUGAUGAGAGAAAGCGGAUUUCCAACGUGGCCCGUGACAAAAACGAGUUUGACACCCCUUGUUUUCGACUAUAUUGUUGCAACCACGUACCAUUUUGCACUAAUAGCAAUACAGCAGCAGCCCUAAAUAUGCUUAAAAAAAAAAAAAAAUAAAUAAAACCGGCUAGUUUGGCACACCAUCAUUGAUUUAAACCGAUCGGGCACGGCACCCGCAGUCCACGAUCAAGUCUCUAACCGACACACCGACUCGAGCAAACUUGUAGAACACGUCACAGAAUCAAACGAACGUGGUCCACACCGCCAUCCCCAAACAGUUUUUUUUCUUUUUUUUUUUUUUUGGACGCUGCGUAUAAAAACGGUGAGCUAACUAGCCGGUGUAAUUAAUUUACAGAAACCAAUCUGUGCCUAAACGACCCUUUGGGGAUGACCGACCGGUUCCGUCUGCACCGGAGCAUGACGGCGAUCAAUUUUUUUUGAACAAAACAGCCUUACUCAAAUGUACCUAACGUCGAUAUUUUCACUCAUUAUUGUCUUUAAAAAAAGACGUCCCUGCUUUCAAUGUUGAGGCGACAUAACGACCCCCACCCCCCCUCCUCCCACAGAGUGCGGAAAGACAUCUUUUGCAGCACUUCUCAGUUUUGAGUUCAAUUUUUUUUUCCAUUUAAGCUCUUUGCAACACUUCAAUUUUUGUAAUAAUGAGUCAAAAUUUAAAAAAAAUGGUAUAGUGACAGACCAAUUGUAUUAAUCUCGGGGGGGGGGGUGAAAUUGACAGUAUUUGCACAUCCGUGGCUUCUGCCCUACAGCGACAAAUCUAGUAAUAGUGUUUGGUUCUCAGGCACACUGUGAUGUUAACGUGUGUGUGUGUUUGUGCGUACCUCCCAUUUUUUUUAUUUUUAUUUUUUUGGCGAGUGUGUGUGCGCGAACCCCCAUUUUGUUUUUAUUUGUACUUCUACUUUUCUCACCGGUGUUCUCAAGUUUUGUUUUCACUCCAGCUGUGAAGUGUGCUUUCACCACAGGAUGCCAUCUUUUCAAGCGUUUUAAUAAAGAGGCUUUACAAUAAACCUUUUUAUGGUGGGGGGGGGGGCAUUAUGUCACGUUUAUUUACCUGGCGAUGCGUAAAUUAUUUGAGUAUAUUUCUCUUGAAUAUUACGUUAUGUAAUGUCAUCCACAUUUAUUGGGUACUUUUUUUUUCAUGAAAAACAAUUUGGAGGAAUUCUCGCCAUUUUAUUUGAAAACAAGAGCUGUCAGAAUUUUUUAAAAAUCCAUUUUUGAAUACCGUAAUUCCCGGCCUAUAGAGCGCACCUGGUUAUAAGCCUCACCCGGCACAUUUGUAAAGGAAAUAUUAUUUGGUACAUACUUACCGCAAGUACCCACAUUGAAACACGAGAUAUUUACAAAAAAAAGAACGGUUGCGCCGGCACGCUAGCCCCACCGCCCUAAUGCUAAUGCUAUCGCUGUGCUAACAGGGCCGGUUUAAAAAAAAGAAAACAAACACAUACUAGUAAAAAAAAUCACUGAGACACGGCAGUAACACGCUAGUGCAGCGCUAACAGCGCCGGACCGGUAAAAGUCACUUCCUCGGCACAUAUAUUCCACCGGUCUCACGCUUAGCUUUUCCACUCCAGUGCCCCCUUGCGGCCAUGAGGAAAAAAAUGCACAAAUUAGCCGCACAUCGCGUAAAGUGUGGAAAAAAAGUCACAGCUUAUAGGCCGGAAAUUACGGUACUUUUCACUUUUUGUAAAUGUUUUAGAUGUUUUUUUUUUUGGGGGGGGGGGAUUUUUCACCGCAACAGCUUUUCAUCACAAAUGUAAACUUUAUUGAUCAAACAACAAAUGAGCACUUUCCAUCCUCUGAAAAACCUCCAUUUUCUUUUUAAUUUUCCUUUCUCAUUUUUCCGACCCACCCCCCCGCCGGCAGACGUCAUUUUCUUCGAAUGUGAAUUUGAGUCCGGGCUCGCUUUUACUUCUGACCCUGAACCGGGGCUGACGUCGGUUUGUCACGCAGCCCACAUCAAAAAUGGAGGAAGUGGAAACGUCGUAUUCGAAGUGCAAAAAAAUUCCCCCUGUCAGCUUAGCAGCCGCCCUCAAGGACGCUCUGACGCUUUGAACGUCGGGAUUAGUUUUACUUUUGUGGACCUUGAUUCGAAGCCUCACCGGCCAAUGUUUGCAGCCUUCAUUUGGAAUCCUAACCCUUGACCCCAAGUCCUAAUAUUUGAAACCCGAACGCAGGCUAGGAAACAAACCAUUUUUUGAACCCCCAAUCUUUGUCUUGGGACCUCUUUGCCAGUCUCAAACCCCGACCCCGUCCCUUGAAACCCUUUCUUUAGUUUAAGACCUUUAUUUGAAGUCUUGGUGGUCAUCUAACCUUCAACCCUUGCGUGGAAACCUGAACCCUGGUGCCGAAUGACUCCUAGCGGGGAAAACGGACUUGAUCCCAAGUCCCAAUUUGAAACCCGAACGCAGGCUUGAACCAAGAUUUACAAAACCAUUUUUUGAACCCCUAACCCUUGCCUUGGGACCUC